GAUACAAUACAGCAUAGCAGUUGUUAAGUGUAGUCAGCAGUUUAAGGGCAAGAGAAACUGGUAUUCAGAAGCUGUAUUUCUCCUUUCCAAAUCAAGAAGAACAGGACAAAAACCAAAGUAAAAAAACAUUAAUUUUUUUAUUAACUACAAGAGUAAAGUGUUAUUUUUGAAUCAGUGGCUUAUGAUGGAGUGACAUGAGAAAAUCUUUCCACAACAACAGACCGAUGACACAGGUGAAAGAAUGAGAAGGAAUAAGAACUGCUAGCAAAUAAAACAAAAUAAAAAAAAAAUCUAAAAAACUUGACAGUAGUACUGAAGCCAAAAGCUGCCCAUUAAGUCCAAUUAUAACACUUAAUACAAACACUAAAACAUGUCUAAAAACAAGACACAAAAUAUGUUGUCACAAGCAUUUAAAGUCAGCAUUCUUAGGCUUUCUGACAACUGCUGCUCUCUGUGACAAACCAGAAGGAAAAAAAAAGAAGGCACAUAAGACAACCUUGCUACCCAUCACAAAAGGAAACAGCAAUAUACAAUCUAUAGAGCAAAUGCAAUGUAUUAAGAACAUUUAUUACUUUCACAGGCUUUAGAGUUACAUUAGAAUUUACUAAGUCCAGUCAACUAUGACCAUGAAGGACCUGUAAUUGCAUUGAAUUAUUCAGACAUAAAGAAACAUUAAAAGAAACAAGUAAACGAAGACUGAAACAUAACCAGAGACAAUUCAACUAAAUGAUGUGAAAGCAAGAUCCGAGUUCAGAACUGAGCCAUACCUUAGUUAACUUGCAGAAAAACAGGUAACAUUUUAUUAAAUUACAUUUCAUCAGACCUCAAAGGUAAAUGCUGUGGAAUGAAGUGAGGAUGUGCAGCAUUUCCACUUUCCUCUGAAAAGCAUUAAGCUCAAAAAUUAUCUCUCAGUGCAUUGCUAACGGACUACAUAGGGUCACUCCAUAACAAGAAAAUCAAGAAUUAGAAUACCCAAAGAAAAUUUAAAUGAAAGACAAAGUGCAGGUUUUCAAAUAUGCAAUAUGGGAGAUUACUAAACUUCUAAGAGCCAAAGCAGAAAUAAUCAUAAAUGCUACGGGCCCAAACAAAAUCUACUAAGAAUUAAGAACCAGGCUGUGCUUAAGGUUUCGGCGUUUGUUUGAGAAACUGAGGCAACGUCCAAUAAGUUUAAACAAGCCCCGAACCUCCUCACUGUAUUUAACUCAUUAUAUUACUCAUAAGGCACAACAUGAAUAUGAAAAUAAAUACGUUAACGUGAAAAGCAUAUGGUCAAAUAUACUGACGCAGCAUAACGAGCGGGUGUGUUUCGCUGGUGCUGCACAGCGUUAAUUACCACUCAACCUUUAAUAUUUCCUUUUAACAUGAAGCAAAGCGCAUGAGAAUAAACCCAUAAAUCAGCACGAAAACUGCAGAGACAUUUGACGACCCACUUGCUCAGGAAACCUGAGCAAAGAAACAAAUCACAAGUGGAAAACGGCCCCGGAAAGCGGCAGAUGACCCAGCCGGGUGCACCCUGAGGGGCCACGGCCGCGCUCCGGCAGGGGCUUGUCUGCCGGGGCCUCCGGCCUUCGCACCCGUCCGGUACCAAGCAGCCUCACCCGUUACCUCAGCAUGCUGCCAGAAGCAUCACCUCACCCCCGAGCCGGCACACGGGUAGUAACUUUCCCCAGAGUAGGGCAAAACACGGCUUUCCCCCCUCUCCAGAAGAGGUACUCCCCUGCUUGCACAGCAGAAAGCCGCCCCCCCGGCCCCGGCGGCGCCAGCAGCCCUGGCGGGCUCCGGGCAGGGGGCGAUGCCCGGGGCACGCCUCCCUUCGCCCCGGCACACGGCGCGGACAGCCGCCACAAACGCGGGGCCCAGCAGAAAUGACUACCCCAAACAAGACACCACCUGGUGCUGAUCCAAAGCAGUUAGAGAGGACUGGUACUGUUAGAGAAAUAGGCUCACAAGCAGUUUGGUCUCUUUCAUCCUGUAAGCCAGGAUUUGGAGUGGAUCAAUUACGAGAUGAUAAUCUAGAAACUUACUGGCAGUCAGAUGGAUCACAGCCUCAUUUGGUGAACAUCCAAUUUAGAAGAAAAACAACAGUGAAGACAUUAUGUAUUUAUGCAGACUACAAAUCUGAUGAAAGUUACACUCCAAGCAAAAUCUCUGUCAGAGUAGGAAAUAAUUUUCAUAAUCUCCAGGAAAUCCGGCAACUUGAAUUAGUGGAACCAAGCGGCUGGAUUCAUGUUCCUUUAACAGAUACUCAUAAGAAGCCUAUUCGCACAUUUAUGAUUCAGAUUGCUGUUCUAGCGAAUCACCAAAAUGGAAGAGACACUCACAUGAGACAAAUCAAAGUGUACACCCCAGUGGAAGAGAGCUCUAUUGGUAAAUUUCCUAGAUGUACAACAAUUGAUUUCAUGAUGUAUCGCUCAAUAAGAUAAAAUUUCUUGAUGAGAAAUAAUAAAGGCAUAUUUUGAUGGCAGUAUCAUUGUUUAAGUAUUCAAAUAGUUAAAGGGCAGGGUUUACUGCAGUGUAAUUAUAUUUUCUGUUUAUACUUUGUACAAUUUUGAAAUAAAGAUAAUCUUGUGUUACAGUA